AUGGUAAUUGAAGGAAAAAAGAAUAAUAAAAGGGGGAAGUAUUGCUUGAUUGUUGCCCGCUCUCUCUCUCUUGCAAGCACGCGUUGUUCUAGGGUUUUAGCAGAUCCGCACAAAAUUCAAAAGCCAAGCAAUUGAGGUUUGAAUCGAGCAUAGCCGAGCCCGUAUCAGAGGGACUGCUGUGUUCCAGUGGACUGAAUAAAAACAUCACUCUGGUUUUUAUUUUUUACUAGCGAUGGGAGAUGCAGAAAACCUUCAGCCGUCUAAAAAGAGAGCUGCUGGAGUCCAACUAUCUCGUGAAAACCCUGGACUGGAUGACGAUGGACCAGAACAAGAGGCAGGAACUUUUAAGAAAGCAAGUGAUGAUGUUUUGGCGCGAAGAAGAAUAGUGAAAGUACGUCGCCCACAAGCGUCAACUCCAGCUGCCCCUCCUUCAACUGCUUCUAAUCCUUUUGCUGCCAUCCGGUUGGUUCCUCCUACUGCUAUGUCCCCAGCUGCCCCUGCACAGGUAGAGGCACACAGUGGUCAGAGUAAGGACACUGACCAAAUUGAUGAAAGCAAAUCUGACAAUAGAGUUGAUGAACAGUCAAAAGAAGAAUCUACCAAAGAUGGAAAGACUGAUGUCAAUGAUGACAAUUCUAAACAGCCUGAAGACAAGGUUGAUGACUCCAAAGCUCAACCAGAUGAUAAAAAUGCCAAUGUUGUUGACCAAGAGAAGGAUAACUCUGUGGCAGAGGAAGUUGUGGAAGGUGGGAAUUCUGGAGAUGGGGCUACAAAGUCUACAGAAGCUGAUACUGUUGAGGCACAAACAGGGAAGGAUGUAAAAGGUGAUGGAGAUGAAAAGGGUAACUCUGUGGCAGAGGAAGUUGUGGAAGGUGCGAAUUCUGGAGAUGGGGCGACAAAGUCUACAGAAGCUGAUACUAUUGAGGCACAAGCAGGGAACAAUGUAAAAGGUGAUGGAGAUGAAAAGGAGAAAGAGAAUGAGGCAGCUGCAGAAAAGAAUGAAGAAGCUGCCCCAUUUAGCUCAUUUCGACAACUAUCAAGUACCCAAAAUGCUUUCUCUGGUCUGACUGGAACAGGGUUUUCUGGUACCUCAUUCUCCUUUGGAUCGAUAACCACGGAUGGUACUGCCCCGAAGAUUGACAGUACCACCUUCAGUUUUGGUGUUUCUAAUAAUGGAAGCUCUUCUAUCUUCGGUAGUGCUGGGGCAAGUACCAUCACUAAGAGCGAGGGAACCAAAUUUCCCCCCAAACAGGAGGUCCCUCUUGAAACCGGAGAAGAAAACGAAAAUGCUGUUUUCACUGCUGAUUCUAUCCUUUUUGAAUAUAUGGAUGGAGCUUGGAAGGAAAGGGGGAAGGGGGAACUGAAGGUCAAUGUAUCCACCACAGGGACAGGAAAAGCCAGACUUGUUAUGAGGGCUCGAGGAAAUUAUCGGUUAAUUCUGAAUGCUAGCCUUUUCCCAGACAUGAAGCUUGCAAAUAUGGACAAGAAAGGCAUCACUUUUGCGUGCGUGAACAGUGCUGGUGAAGGGAAAGACACACUUGCAACAUUUGCCUUGAAAUUCAAGGAUCCUUCCAUAGUUGAAGAUUUCCGAGCAGAAGUCACCAAGCACAAGUCAACCGCACCAGUCGCACUCAGAACCCCAGAAAAUUCUCCAAAGGCUGAUGAAUGAUGAGCAUCUUAUUCCGUAAAACGCCCUCUCCCACUAGGUGACAUUUAAAAUGAGAGUUUUUGGGUCGUUUAUGCGUCGUUAGUCUCUUGAAAAUCAUGUUUUUGGGUUAAUGUACUUGGUUGGGCUCACUGAUUAUGCUGUUUGUUCUUCUAGAGACUUAAUAGUGAUAAUUUCCCACAUUCUAUUGAACUCCUUUAUAUGAUGAGAUAACGUUUUGCUGCUA